AUGGCUGUAAAAGAAUUUGUCUGCGAUAAGAAACGGGAUGUACUCGCCGUUAGUGAAAGUAGACAUUAUUUCUCUGACGAUGUAUGCCUGAUUCGAUCGACACCCAAGGGUUACACAUGCUUCAAUAAAGCUCGUGAAGAGAUAAAAAAAAGCUCAUUGAGUGGAAGCGCUGUCUGUGAUUCUGGGGUUUACUUGCAUUGUAAUGUGGAGGAGCUUUUUGAUUUAUGUGACUCAACUCUUAGACAAAUUGUCGACCAGCAUGCUCCAUUGGUAAACAAAAGAGUUCGUUCUAAAUCGUGUCGCUGGAGACAAAAUAUAAUUUCUAACGCCAAUGAACUGAAAAGAUUGUGGAGUGUUUUGUCAUCAUUCGUUGGAAAGAAAAAAGUUGCCAGCUCAAUGGCUCCAUCUAUUUCAGCACAACAGUUUCUGACAUACAUGAAAUCAAAGUCUGAACCGUUUGCUGAUGGAAGUGAUGCUCCUGUGUUCAGAUCGACUGAAAGAUCGCUCUGGUGA